CCGAGGCAGUUUAGUAUCACAGUCUAUGAUCACAGUCCAGUUUUUAAACUUUUGUGGCGUGCUUUCGUGUAUAUAUCUCGCCGUUACUUGGAAAGUUAUCGUAUUUAACGCUUUACAUGGUGUUUUGUCGUGGGCUUACGUAAACGUGAGAAUGUGCAUUUUUAGCUCUUACUACAGCUAGCUAUCAGCUCGAAAGAGUACUUAGCAUUAGCAGUGGAGUACCCUGACUCUCGUAUACAUGGCGACUUGACAACACUGUCCAAAGUCCAGAGCAGCGUCAUAAUUCUCCCGGGCUGCUGUUUUUAGUAAAAUAUGUCUCAGUUUGUUGACUCUGAUGAUACCACUCCACUGCUCGGGGAUGAUGCAUGCAGUGAUGACUAUCAGGAUGAAGAUUACAAGAGCCGAUGGAGGUCCAUCCGGGUCAUGUACUUCACUAUGUUUCUCAGUAGCGUAGGUUUCACAAUUGUCAUCACAUCACUCUGGCCCUAUUUGCAAAGGGUGGAUGACACUGCCAAUGCCAGCUUCCUUGGAUGGGUGGUGGCGGCCUAUAGUCUCGGACAGAUGGUUGCAUCACCCAUUUUUGGCCUCUGGUCCAAUUAUCGACCAAGGAGAGAGCCGCUGGCGUGCUCCAUUUUAAUCAACGUGUCAGCUAACAUCUACUAUGCCUACGUGUACCUGCCUAGAAACAACAACAAGUUCCACAUGCUCCUAUCAAGAGCAUUUGUUGGCUUUGGAGCCGGUAAUGUUGCUGUGGUGAGGUCUUAUGUUGCUGGAGCUACAUCGCUGAAGGAGAGGACUGGUGCCAUGGCAAAUAUGAGUGCAUGCCAGGCCUUGGGUUUCAUUCUUGGGCCAGCACUGGGGGCAUGCUUGUCAUUCAUUGGUGAGCGUGGAGUCAUGGCAAAGUUCAUAGACCUGCAGCUCAACAUGUACACUGCUCCUGCAUUGCUGGCGGCAGCUUUUGGUGUCAUCAACAUCCUGUUGGUUCUUUUCUUGCUGAGAGAGCACCGUGUCGAUGACCAUGGGAGACACCUCAGAGCCAUCAAUUACACAUCAGAAGACAGAGAAUACCUUGAUGAGGAAAGCCAGGAAAGCAUCGAUCAGGUAGCAGUCCUGACUUCCAACAUCCUCUUCUUCAUCGUCAUGUUCAUCUUUGCCGUCUUUGAGACAAUUGCUACUCCUUUGUCCAUGGACAUGUUUGCUUGGACACGGAAAGAAGCCGUGUUAUACAACGGCAUCAUUAUCUGCUGCAUUGGAUUUGAAUCCAUAUUGGUGUUUUUAGUUGUGAAAGUUGCUUCUCAAAGAGUUGGGGAUCGUCCUGUGUUGCUAGCAGGCUUGGCCAUUAUAUUCUGUGGCUUCUUCAUUCUUCUUCCAUGGGGGAAUCAUUACCCAAAAAUUCAGUGGGCAGACCUCAAAAACAACACCUUGCUCAGUCAGAUGUCGAUAGCCACAUUAGGAUCAAACAGCACUCUGGAGCCAACAGGAUGCCCGUAUGAGCAGACCUGGUGUCAGUAUACUCCAGCUAUCUAUCUAGCCCAGUACAUCUCAUCUGACAUCCUCAUCGGGGUGGGAUACCCAGCCUGCAAUGUGAUGUCAUACACAUUGUAUUCAAAAAUCCUGGGACCUAAACCUCAGGGUGUGUACAUGGGCUGGUUGACAGCAUCAGGCAGCGGAGCACGGACACUGGGGCCAGUCUUUGUCUCCCAGGUCUACACUAUCCUGGGACCUCGCUGGGCCUUCAGCCUCAUCUGUGGCCUGAUGGUUGCCUCGAUUAUCCUCCUGACUGCUUUUUACCACAGGCUCAUUGCCUUUUCUGUACGCCACGGGAGGGUUGUAGAAUAACAGGACUGACUGUACUUUCCUACUUUUAUCCGUUAAAAGACUUUAAGCUAAAAUCCAGGUAAUAAUGAAAGCUCUUAGUCGUAGUUACUCUUCAAUGUGGUAACUGAUGAGCUGGGAGAAUUUGUGACUCAGGGUUAAGGUCAGGUUUUCUCUCAGACUUGAACAAAGAUGGCGGCCUCUUGAGUUUUAAAGGGAGCUAGCGCUGCAGCUGCACUUUAAUUUACUUGUUGUGAUAGAUGUCAGGCGCUGCAUUGUUUGAGGUGGGUCCAUUAUUUUAAACCAAUUAUGUUUUAAAUUAUCAAGUUACUCAGUAUUUGUUACUGAAUGCACAGGUUGAACAUAGAUGCAAGAUGUUUUAAUCUUGGCAGACUUUUUUGGCAGAGCCAUAAAUUUGAGUAUUCUGAAGAAACAAGGUAAGGUUGUCUGAAUUAAAGGUAGUUGUCAACAAAUGCUAUCAAACAUUUACAUUCAUUUUAUUGACAUAAACUCUUCUGACUACUUUUUGAUUCACUGGAUGUUGUAUUGAUACUCUUGUUCUGAUUUAACCAUUUAGAGUUUUUUAUUCUUGCGGCAAAUGAAUGUUGUGAGGCAACAAAGGUAACUGCAGAAACAUGCAAAUACAGUUGGUACAAGUAAAUAAAAUUUCCUUUUAAUCAUUUCUUGAGCUUCAAAGAAGAAACUGAUAAUGAUUCCUAUUUCUGUUAAUAGUUUCACUUGUGGUUGUUUUAAAUUACAUGUUUUCUGCCUGAAUCAUAAAGUAUGGAUGUGUGGAUGUGAAUGAUUGACUAAGUGAUACA